AUGUCCUCUAAGCAGCUGACUCCUGCACAAAUGAAAGUGCUGAGUCAUGAGGCUUGCUUCAACACCACAGACGCCGAUCCAGUCAAUCCCGUGGCCACGGUAGAGUCGAUUGUCAAACAAACCGGGGAAUCCGGCGAAACAAAGCAUCUCAUUCGACAGCAGGUAGCCUCCUUGGCGAUGUCACACAAACCGCGUGCAACUAUUACCAAGGCCGAGCAGAGCGCUCUCAAGACACUGAGGGCUGACAGGAGCAUCGUGAUUCUACCAGCAGACAAAGGGCGUUCCACAAUUGUGAUGGAUAAGGCAGACUACAUUCAGAAAGCCAAUGCCCUACUGGAAGACCGAUAG